AGGCACAAGUCACAACGAUGAAUAGGAUCAUAGAACUAGUACAAAGAAGAAGAGUUGAGGAGUAUCUCUGAAUUACUCUCUCAAAGCAUCAAAAAAAUGUUGGUAACCUUGUUGGUAAUAUUGCUGGCUUCCGCGUUGGAAGCUAAGCCCCAAUUUCCAACGGUAGUGCUGCUGGAAACCAAGCCUGUUCAGGAUAUACUCGAUGUUUUCGUAACAGGAUCUUUUCCUACAAAAUCUAUUGACGUGAAGAAAUCGAACCCUGCCUCACCUCCUAAACCAUUGCUAAUUGUUUCACCAAUUACUGAUGGCACAUACCCUGUUUUCAUGUUUCUACAUGGAACCUGCCUGGAAAACUAUUUCUACAGUAACCUCCUUCCACAUAUUGCUUCUCAUGGAUUUAUAGUUGUCGCUCCUCAGGUAUAUUCUUGUAUAAAUUGGUUGAUACCCAAACUGCCUAUAAGGGAGUCGAAAGAGAUUGAGUUCGUAGCAGAAGUGGGAAACUGGUUACUUUCAGGCCUACAAUCUGUGCUACCCGAAAAAGUUACUUGGGACCAAGACAAGCUUGCUCUUGGAGGCCACAAUAGAGGUGGAAACAUAGCAUUUGCACUCGCACUUGGAUAUUCUAAGACGCCCCUAGAAGUGAAAAUCUCAGCACUAGUAGGUCUAGACCCUGUUGGAAGGGUUAGUACUGAUCCCAAAAUUCUCACGAAUGUCCCUCAUUCUUUUAACUUAUCGAUUCCGGUCACCGUUAUCGGUACCGGGUUGGGUAAUGAAUCGGUAUGCGGGGUGGUAGGUCUUGCUUGUGCUCCAAAUUAUAUGAACCAUGUGAAGUUUUACAAUAAGUGCAAAGCUCCUGCUAGUCAUUUUGUGACUACAGAUUAUGGUCACAUGGACAUGUUAGAUGAUAAUCCAACUGGUAUAUUGGCGAUUAUAGCAAAUUCUAUAUGCAAGAAUAGCAAGGAUCCUAGGGAUCAGAUGAGGAGGACUGUUGGUGGCCUUAUUGUGGCAUUUUUGAAGGCUUAUUUCCAAGCUGACAGUGGAGACUUCAUGACCAUUUUGAACGAACCUUCUGUUGCUCCUGCAAAGCUGGAUCCUGUCCAAUUUAAGGAAGAACAAAAUCACGCUCAAGUUUAACGCCUAAAUGUAUUUUGGAGGGGAAAAUUCUAGUUUAAACUGGGUUCAUCUGGAACCCAAUAUAUAAUCAUAUGGGAUAGAUCUCACCAUGUAUUUUGUCUUUUGGGUGCAUCGUAAACCGAGUUUUGGUAGAAUAAUCUGUUGAUGAAUUAUUGUCAUUGUUUUUUUUGAUAAUGAUAAAUGGCCCCAUUAAUUGCGAA